AUGAGUUCAUCAACUUACGCAGGCUCGCGAGCGGCGAAUCGCCCCAGCAUCCUGGAUCCUGCCCGUCCUAUUAGAGGCUUGACAAUUGCUUUCUGUUUAUGGAAAGUGCUGGUGUUCCUGGUCAUCGUCUCGUGCCCAGGAUUGGGCUACGAUACUUCCACAAGCCAUCUUUAUGAGUAUCACGAUCCCAACAGCUCUGAUGUCAUAUCAGAGGACAUCGAAGAUCUACUUCUCACCGUUCCACGGAAGUUCGUUAGGUGGGACUCUAUCUACUUCUUGCAUAUAGCUCAGCAAGGGUAUGUCUUCGAGCAAGAGUGGGCAUUUGGCUAUGGCUAUACUCAAGCCUUAGCCUACCUGACUUCCGUUCUUCAAAACCUCACCGGCUUGGGAGGAGGGGUCAUAAUAGCGAUUGAGGCGAUCCUACUCUCUCACAUUGCACACUACCUCUCCGUUCUUGCGCUCUAUAGACUUUCUGUCAAUGUGUUUGGAAACGACAGUACCACGCAACGACUCAUCUGCCUGCUGUCCUCAGCUUUACAUAUUAUCUGCCCCGCCGGAGCAUUUCUUUCGGCUCCAUAUGGAGAGUCACUGUUCUCGUUCCUGAACAUAACUGGUUUCUAUCUCUACUCUUCCGCUUACUUGGAUAACAAGAAUGGCAAGCGUCUGUCCGGCGAUUACAAAACGCUUUUGUCCGCUGUUCUGUUCUCUGCAGCAACGACUGUUCGCAGCAAUGGCAUCUUGAGCGGGAUAUUAUUCGCCUAUGACGCUUUCCUCCAGCUUCGACGGGUCGUGUCACAGAGUCUGUCAUUGAACGCCUGUGCGCACCUGCUGGUUGCGAUCGUGAGCGGUUGUAUCAUUGCUCUGGGGCUCAUUCUCCCUCAAUAUAUCGCACAUACAGCAUACUGUGGGAAUGAUUCUCAUUCCCGGCCAUGGUGCCAAUGGUAUGUUCCGAGUAUAUAUGGCUGGGUGCAAAGCCAAUAUUGGAACGUGGGUUUCCUUCGGUAUUGGAGUCUCUCGAACCUUCCACUAUUCGUUCUAGCAAUGCCCAUGCUGGCUAUACUCGGUCGCUCGUCUUUCUGGGCACUUGACAUGGCUGUCCCUUUCAUUUAUCCCAGGGCUCUCAGUGGGAUUGAUCACGCUUCAUCGUCAGCUACCACCGCCUCAUUGCUCCUACGACUGGCUGCGCCUCAGGGAAUCUUGGCCUUACUGGCCCUCACCAGCUAUCACGUCCAAAUCAUUAAUCGAAUAGCUUCAGGUUACCCACUGUGGUAUUGGUAUCUUGCGUACUUGGUUUCUGGAAACUGGGGUCAAAUUCCGCCUUCAAUUCAACACAGCCGUACGUUCACAAGUGCGGUGCAGGGAAUGGUGACAUAUGCUUUAGUGCAAGCCACAUUAUUUGGAUCGUUCCUACCACCAGCCUGA